CCCUUCAGGACAGCCAGAGCAUCCUGACCAAAACGUCAGGUUAACACUCACUGGUUCUUCUAAGAACCACACCUCUUCCAAAAAGAGAUUGAUUUUAUGGUGUACCCUCAAGCUUAAAAUACCAUACAAGUCAACCACAAAACAGGAAGAGAUCUAAUGCUUUCUUUCACUGAAGAAAUGCAACCCAACCUAAGACGUAGCCAGAUCAACAGAUGACAGAAAAUUAUUUAGUUGACCAAAAAAUAUCCCGUCUAAUUUUCAACCAUCCAUGGAAGGGCAUGUUCAUUGCACAUACCAAUUGAUGUCAUAUUUCUUGUACAGCCCAACCACAGAACUUCGCUCUGCCGACCAAGAAUGCAUAUGCCUCGCUGUCCCCUCCAGACAUCCAGGGUCCAAGGCCUACAAUGCUGAAGUCACCAAUGGCCUCUGCAACAAACCAGAUACCCCCAGGACUCCCUCGUCCUGCCACUGCUGCCAAUGUGUCAGCCAGGGCUGGCAACAUCGUGCCACCCCCAAAGAUCUCCCGGCAAAGUACGGAGUGGCUGAAGAAAUUUAUGUUCAGGUGUGCGUGUGAAAAGUGCUUCCCAAAAAUUGCCGGCAAGUUUGGCUACAAGGGGCACAGAUACCAACCACAUGAUAAUCAUCACUGCUAUGGCGGAUGGCUGAUCUGCAGACUAGGCAGCUUAUCACACCCCUCUGAAGAGAUAUGGGGAAAAAUUCGACCCAGAACCAAGCCAGAUUUUAUGAGACCUUACAGCCUCUGUCAGCAGUUCAACUCUGGCAAUCCCUGCAAGGUUGGUGAGGAUAAUUGCUGGUACUGCCACAGCCAGGAGGAGCUGAUGAUAUGGGAUGCGGACCGUGCCGGUAGCUUCAAAGGCAAGGAGAUUGUGAAUUUCCUACGUUAUUCCCAGGGCAUUGGUGUCAAGCAGCCCAAGGAGGAGCCAAAACAGGACCAGGCUGGCUUCACAGUGGUGUCGCACCAGGGCUCCAACCGAGCCAAACCAGUGCAGCCCUAUCCGCGAAUCGGCAUGGGAGCCAGCAAGAUGGCCCCCAUCACUGUCCCGAAUGCUGCGAAGGCCGUCCUUCCUGAGCAGCCCAAGAAGCCACCUGUCGACGAGAGCCUCCGCAAGUGGCACCUGAUGCUGAUGGCCAGAGUUGGGGGCCACUUCCUGUACCUGUGCGGGAGGUGUUUCGACGGUGCCCCGCCGGUCAUGGCCCUGAGGAGCCCCACAACACC